AUGCCAGUGCAAUCUAAAUUAACUCCAGUAUUCCCUUGGAAUGUACCAACGGAAGAAGCUCCGACUCUCGACGAUAUACUAAUUUACAUGGGUCAAUUCGGCAAGUACCAAAAGUACCUAUUCGGCGUGCUGACAAUUUUCUGCGUGUUUUUAUCCUUCGUCUACUUCUCCCAAGUGUUCAUCACGGUGUUGCCCACCGAGUACUGGUGCAAACUUCCUCGCGUCGAAGGUACGCCGGUCGAUAGGCUACGCGAAAUUCUGAUACCUAAAUCGAAGCUUGUACCAUUCGAGGGCCAUCACCUGCCUUACUCGAGGUGCUGGAUAUACGAUUUACCGGUAGAAACGGCGAUAAAGAGCAACAUGUCCGACGAAAGUUGGCCGAUGAAAAAAUGUAACGUCUGGGAGUACAAGACGUCCAAGAGCGGCGUGCCUUACAUGUCCAUCGCGGCCGAACAGAAUUGGGUCUGCGAUCAUGCGUACAAAGUAACACUAGCCCAAAGCAUCUACUUCGUCGGUUCGAUUUUCGGUGGUUUGAUAUUCGGUUGGUUGGCCGACAGAUACGGCCGGGUACCAACUCUGGUGAUAACGAAUCUACUUGCGUUAAUCGGUGGUAUCAGCACGAUUUACUCGAAGAAAUUCUGGCAUUUCUGCGCGUGCAGGUUCGUCGUUGGCAUAGCCUUCGACAACAUGUUCGUGAUCGCUUACAUACUCGUUCUGGAGUACGUAGGACCAAAAUGGCGCACGUUCGCCGCCAACAUGUCCUACGGGACAUUCUAUGCCCUCGGGGCGAUGAGCUUGCCCUGGAUAGCAUACGGGAUAUCCGAUUGGAGGUUGUUCGCUGUGGUAACGGCCGUUCCGAUGGCCAUCGUAAUCGUCGCACCUUUCGCCAUCCCUGAAAGCAUCAGGUGUAUAUCAAUAUCAUCUUCACUCGAUAUUAAACAUCGUGUCGUAUGCGUUAUUGGUACUUUUAAAUUACCAGCCUAUGGUAUUCGUAAAAGGUGGCUGAUCAGUAUGGGACGAGUAAACAGAGCGAUGCAAAUCCUCCGACAAAUCGAGAAAGUAAACGAUGUAAAAUUACCCGACGACGUGUACGAAGAAUUCCUCAAGGACUGUAACAGAACGGCGGACACUUUGUCUUUGGAAGAUCACACGUUGCUGGAUUUGUUCAAAACUAAACGCCUUAGGAGAAUCACUAUAUUACUGCUCCUCUCGUGGGGUGCCAUUCAGAUGGCAUACGACGGUCACAUCAGGUGUCUAACGUCCCUUGGUAUAGACGUUUUCACUACCUUCACUAUCGCCUCUGCUACCGAAUUUCCGGCGGAGGUGCUCAUCAUCUACGUUCUGGAUACGCUUGGUCGAAGAUGGACCCUCUUCACCGCGGUCUGCAUCUCGGGUUUCUUCAGUCUUAUGGCCGCCACUGUCCACGUAGGCGUUACCUAUGCAACAUUCGCGAUUUGCGCGCGGUUCUUCAUCAACAUCGCCGCGAACAUCGCGUUGCAAUACGCUGCAGAGCUGCUGCCAACGGUAGUUCGAGGCGAGGGUAUAGCUUUCAUUCACGUGAUGGGAUACGUAACAUCAAUACUCAGCCCUUUCAUCGCUUUCUCCGAAAGGAUAAUGUACAAUCUACCGAUGAUCAUCCUCGGAUUGUCGUGCGCCUUCGCUGCGACAUUGUGCCUGUUCCUACCGGAAACGCUGAUGGAACAGAUGCCGCAGACUCUGUUGGUAGGAGUUGCGAUAGACGUCGUGGAUCAUUAUUUUGAAUAUUGUUUAUUCAAGGACGGCGAGAUGUUCGGCAUCGAUCAGUCCUUCUGGGAGACACCGUUCACGAGAAAGCAAUCCCUGGAACCAAAAGGGCAUUCCUUGGACGCGAAACUUCCGUUCGUCCGGCCGGAACCAAUGCGCAGCAGCAUGAUUUCCGGUUUCUUGGGUCACAGGAGGAGAAUCGCCGCUAUCCAACAACGAGCGAGUCAGAUCCCUCCGACUAAGAGCAACGCGAGGGGUGAACAAAGCGCAACGAGAAGGAAUUAA